GCCCCAAACUACACACACACGCACACGCACACGCACACGCAAACGUUUCGAACGCGACCAUGUCUGACUACGGCGGCGACGACGGCGGCUUUGGCGACGACGGCUACGAUGGCGGCGCCAUCGACUUCGAUGAGGAAGCAGAGCCCGAAAUCAUGGACGACGUAGACGACGCCGAGGGCGGCGAGGACCCAGACGUGGACGACAACAUCGUAGUGUCGGGAGACGCAAGCGCCGCGACUGCUGCGAAGGACAAGGCCAUGAACUCGGUCGACGCCGAGAAGGCGAAGAAGGUGCCCAACGAGAACCGCACAACAACACCGUACAUGACCAAGUACGAGAAGGCGCGCGUGCUGGGCACAAGGGCGCUGCAGAUCAGUGGAAACGCUCCUGUCCUGAUCGACGUCGAGGGCAUGACAGAUCCCCUUCAGAUCGCGGCCAAGGAGCUGCGCGAGAAGAAGAUCCCCCUCGUGGUACGAAGAUACCUGCCCGACGGCUUCUACGAGGACUGGACGUGCGAGGAGCUGCUGAUAUAGAGUACUGCGCGUCUGAGAGGGUUUGUCUUGGCUGCAUUGGGCUUGGAGUUUUGGUAGGAAAACUGACGGGGCAUCUUCGGUCUUUGAAUGGCUGCGCAUCUAUACCCCCCGAAUCAGAACCGAGUUUCACACAAUCCCC